UCUAACGUUCUGACUCAGUUUCUUCAUCUAUAAAAUGGAGGUGAUGAUGACAAAGGGCUUACUUAGUUGACCCGUGGCCAUUUGGGUAGGAGCACAGUAAAUGGAAGUUAUCAGUAUAACCAUGAUGCUCUCUUGCCUGGCUUGCAUCCUGUGCUCCGGUCCUGCAGGACCCAACAGACUCAGGCUCAGGCUGUGCUCGACACCGUGCGUGCCUCCCCGAGGAGGCACUUCAACACCAAUCCUCCUGGCACCGCUGAGUUGGUUUCCUGCUUUUACUAGCGGCAGAAGGUGUUUUGUUUUUUUUCCCCCCCUACUAAACUGGGUGUGCGCUUCUCUUCUCCGUGUGAGUUCUCUGCCGCUUCUCCCUCCCCAGCUGGUGUCCGCCAAGAGGAGGGGGUUAGCCCCGUGAGCACCCCCGUGGUGUGAAGGUUGCACGAGGGUAGCGGCGCAUCCCGGGCAGGGAGCCCCGCCCCGUCGAGCUCCAGGCCCCUCCUGCGCCUUCGCCCGCGCUCAGUACCGCUCUCCAAUUGGUCGGCGGCGCGCAGCCCCGCCCCGCCCCCUCCAAGGCAAUAAAAGCCGCUGGCUCGGCGCAAGCAGUUGAAUAAACCCAAUCUGCGCAGACAGGCGCUGGCCGCUGCUGCUCUGCCUUCUCGCGCCCUGCGGUGCCCGCUGGAGCCCGUCACCAUCCUCCACACGACGUGCUGCCCUGCACCCGCAGCCAUGUGCCGGACCCUGGCCGCCUUCCCCACCAACUGCCUGGAGAGAGCCAAAGAGUUCAAGACACGGCUGGGGAUCUUUCUUCACAAGUCAGAACUGGGCUCCGGUACUGGGAGUGUUGGCAAGUUCGAGUGGGACAGUAAACACAGCAAAGAGGGAAACUUCUCAGAAGACGUGUUGGGGUGGAGAGAGUCAUUUGACUUGCUGCUGAGCAGUAAAAAUGGAGUGGCCGCCUUCCACGCCUUCCUGAAGACAGAGUUCAGCGAGGAGAACCUGGAGUUCUGGCUGGCCUGUGAGGAGUUCAGGAAGCUCCGGUCAGCUACCAAGCUGGCCUCCCGGGCUCACAGGAUCUUUGAGGAAUUCAUCUGCAGUGAAGCCCCCAAAGAGGUGAACAUAGACCACGAGACCAGGGAGCUGACCAGGACGAACCUGCAGACGCCCACGGCCAUGUGCUUCGACGUGGCUCAGGGGAAGACGCGCACCCUGAUGGAGAAGGACUCGUACCCGCGCUUCCUGAAGUCCCCAGCUUAUCGGGACCUAGCUGCCGAAGCCGCGGCCGCCUCCGCCUCUGCCUCCCCAUCCGAGCCCUCGCAUACCUGAGCCUCCAGGCUGGGAGGGGGCCGGCCAGGCAGAGAGGUUGGGUCGCCCAUAGCCGAGGUGCCGCCCCCCCUGUGGGGGGGCGGGUUCUGCAAAGCCAGAGAGGACAGCGAAGGGAAACGCCCACCCGGUGACACCCUCUCCUCUAGACCCUGCGGGACUGAAUUCCGUGCGUGAGAGGGUUCCCCCACUUCUAGGACCUGCGCCCAAGGGCUGAAGAGGAGGGUUGUGUGUGGCUCUCUGGGGGAGAAGAAGAAUGGUGCAAGAGUCAGCAUCAGCUCUGGCCCUUCUCAGCAGGGCAAGGGAUAUUCCAGGGUGCUUUGGGAAACUUGUGGAUAAAGGGAAACUUGAAAAUGAGUGAGGGAAAGACAAGCAGGUUAGCCGUUCUGCCUGUCCAUCGGUGGACACAUCCUGGUUUCCUAGUUCCCAGACUCUCCUGGGCACACAGGGAACCAUGGAUGUGGAGCCUUCCCAUCCCGUCCUCUUCACCUGCCUCUGGGCUGCCCGGCGGGUUCCUUAGCUUGCAUUUCUCAACACUCCUGUGUCCAGCCUGGCAGUCUUGUCAAGGCCAGAGAACCAAUGUGAUGCUUGCCCCAGAUGAGAUUUUUACCUCAAAUACUGGCCUUCAAGCCCCUUUCCAGAUCAGUAGAGAGCCCUGAAAAGAGGCCAUCUUGCUUAUGUGAAAUGAACCUUGGUGCUCCUGGUGGCCUCUUGCGGGUGACCCGACCCUGUGUGUGCAUCAGGGUCCACCUGUGAGCAGGGCCCGCUGAGGACCUCUUGCUGGGAUGUGCCCUCUCUUAGCUCCGUGCUUGCUGUUGAACGUGGGGCCCAUCAGGAGAAGGGCAUGGGGUCUCUUGGUGAGCGGCUAGUCCAGCUCUUUUGCCGGGCAGGGUGGAAGGAGGGAGAAAAGGAUCCUGAGAAACAAAUCUCUUGGCAGUUCCAGAGAAUCCUCUUUAAAUCAAGCGCAUCUUUUAUUUUUGUGGGUAUGAGAACAGCGAAAAAGAGAUUCCCCAGGAUGGAAGGGGAGCCUCGUGUUUCUUUCCUGUGGAUGUGAGGUAACGCUCACUGGGGUGUCGGGAGAAAUGAGGCAGGGACCUCAAUGAACUUGGACGGACCGUAGAAGCUGGGAGUGAGGCUGGGAAGAGCAGGACUGGGGGCAAUCAGAACCCGCUUGUCACCUCAUGGCAUCACUGAGCACAUGUUCCGUGGUGGGACUUCUGCCCGGGCCCAGGCUGGGGAGGUGAAUUAACCGGGAAGCUCCCCUGUGCCCCAGGAAAAUCCACACUGUUCUCUCUGCGCUAUGAGCUCCUCCAGGAGACAAUUAUUUAAGUCUAACGUAUUGUUGGUUUUGUGACAGUGGUCAUGGCACAUUAUUUUCACUGCUGUUGUCGUGUUGUUGCUAUUGUUAUUUAUUGUCAUUUGAGUUUGCCUCUACUGGAGAAUCUCAACAGGAGCUGGCGGCAUGACUGUCUCCCUCUCCACUGGACUCUACCUCUUGAACAUGCUGGGAACCUCUUAGCACCUGUCAGGAACUCCUCCCUGUUUAAAUAUUUAUUUAUUGUUGACAGCUGGAACUGGUUUUCUAGAUGUGAAUGAUGUACUCGAUCCCCAUUUUCCUGUUUCAGCAUGUUAUUUUAUUGUGAAAUAAAAUAAAACCCAAGUAUGA